GUACUCCCUGCUUCCUCCCGUCCCCUUCUUUUUCAUCGUCCGUCGUUAUACUUAAGUUACUGUCCACAACCUCUCCAUCUUGCCCAGCUGUGCUUGGCCUUCCGUCUCUUACUUCUUCUUGCUCCGUCUCUCUCUCUCUCUCUAUUCUUUCCCAUCCUCCAUAAAUCUCUUCUUUUAGUCUAUCCUCAUCCUCACGUUCCUCCGUGUGGCCGGUUAGCUAAAUACCACAACAACCCACCGCCUCCUCUUUCCGCUUCUUCGACUACUCUUUUAUUACACCUUGUUUCAACUUGGUAACGGCAGCUUUUUAUCGCAUUGGAAAAGAUUUGAGAAGAAAAAAAGUAAACAAGGGCUUUGUGUCGUGACUGGUAUCCGAAUCCUUCUUGGUUGCUCCUUCUCUCAGCAUUUCUCGCUCGCACUCAUUCGCGCCUUCCCAACCUCAUCGAGUCACUCUCUCGCUCGCACCUUCCGUGCCGAACCUCCCAACCUCGACGACAAGACCUCGUUCUUUCCUCGUCAACCACCGCCACAAAUUAAAAAAGUAGACCAGCGGUCUCGGCACUUUUUUCUUCUUCACCAAUACUUUUUUUUGACGACCUCUUCGACGACGACGAGCUAGUUCUCUCCCGUAUCCUCUCUUUUAUUUAAAUAUCAACAACCUCACCGUAUUUACAUACACCACCAAACCCCCUUCGAAUUAACCGCCCAACAUGGUUCGCGCUACCGCUCUCAUCGCAGCCGUGCUGCCCGCCGCUCUCGCUGCUCCUUUCGGCCUUAGCAACAGCGGUGCUUCCACCAACGACUCUGGCUCCUUCAUGGGCGUUCCCAUCUCUAACCUCAACGCCGCCGACCUGAUUCCCAACAAGUACAUUGUCGUCUACAACAACACCUUUGACGAUGAUGCCAUUACCUCCAAGAUGUCCUCGUUCGCUGCCUCCAUUAAGAAGCGCAACAUUGGCAAGCGUUCCCUCGACGGCCGCUCUCUCAGCACCUCUACCCGCAACUUCAAGAUGAACGCGUGGCGCGCCACCGUCAUGGAGGCCGAUGACUCCAUGAUCAUGAGCGUCAUGAACGCCGAGGAGGUCGCCUACGUCGAGCAGGAUGCCAAGGUCAAGAUCUCUGCCACCGUCUCCCAGACUAACGCUCCCCCCGGCCUUGUCCGCAUGUCUCACGCCGCUGCCGGUGAGGCUGGCUACGUCUUCGACCAGACAGGAGGUGACGGUAUCACUGCCUACAUCGUCGACACUGGUAUCCUUACCACCCACUCCGAGUUCCAGGGCCGUGCUACCUUUGGCGCCAACUUCAUCAACAACGUUGACACUGAUGAGAACGGACACGGCUCCCACGUCGCCGGUACCAUUGGUGGUCAGACUUUCGGUGUUGCCAAGAACGUCAACCUCAUUGGCGUCAAGGUUCUUGAUGGCGAUGGUGCUGGCUCCAACUCUGGUGUUCUCGAUGGCAUGCAGUUCGUCAUUGACGACGUCGCCAAGAAGAACCUCACUGGCAAGGCCGUUAUGAACAUGUCUCUUGGUGGCUCUGCUUCCGCUGCUGUCAACCGCGCUAUCCAGGCUCUCAACAACGCUGGCAUCGUCCCCGUCGUCGCUGCCGGAAACGAGAACCAGGAUGCUGCCAAUACCUCGCCCGCUUCCGCCCCCAACGCCAUCACUGUCGGUGCCAUUGAUGCCCGCAACGACCGCAAGGCCUCCUUCUCCAACUUCGGCACUGUCGUCGACAUUUUCGCCCCCGGUGUCAACAUUCUCUCUGUCGGCAUCACCUCCGACACCGCCACCAACACCCUGUCCGGUACCUCCAUGGCCUCCCCUCACGUCGCUGGCCUUGCUGCCUACCUGAUGGGUCUUGAGGGCCUCAACACCGUCAAGGCUGUCACCGACCGCAUGCUCGCUCUCGCCACCGCCUCUGGUGCCUCUGUCCAGCGCAACACUGCUGGCACCACCAACCUGAUUGCCAACAACGGACAGCUCUAGAAGUUCUGCCCUGAUGGUAAAUGCCCCAAUGUGUUUCGCGUUGGUGGGGUUGGAUUCUUUUAGCGUUUCUUUCAUUGGAAACCUCAAAAGGCAUGAUGGCGUCACGUUGACUUUUUCGACACGUUUUCCUUGGUUUAAUAAGUGAUUCUCUCCCCCCCAUGUGUUUUAUAUCCGAAGGGGGAGAUGAACACAAAUUCACGGCAUUUUAGAGGAUACCCAGUCAUUCGCACACAUCACUGCAUUGGCGCGCGGCCUGGACCAGCAAGCAAAGCACAAGCCUUCACCAUCCAAGAUGGGAUACCUGGGGUUUCCGGGUGUCUGUCGGAUGGUUUCAAUUGUAUGUAAAAGGAGAGAGAGAAGACACACAAAGCAAGAAAGAGAGGGUCUUUCAAACCCGCAUCUCAAGGACAAAAAAACAGGUUCAAAAGAAAAAGGACUUUUCCCAAAAAAGAGUAGAAAAACCCUCGACGGGCUGGUUCCCUCGUAUCACUUCAUCAGGACUCGAAA